UUAAAUGUUGAAUAGAAUGGAAGAGCUGACAAACCCAGAGGAUGUUCGAAUCAAUCCCAAAUGUGACAGGAAGAUAUCAUUGUAUGGAUACCUGAGAGGAGCACACCUAAAAAACAAAAGUCAAAUUCAUAUGCCAGGUGUAGGAGAUUUCACUGUAAGUGAUGUGAGUUUCCUGCCAGACCCCUGUGCUCUCCCUGAGCAGCAGAAGAAGCGCUCCUUAAAUGAGAAAGAGAAGCUUGUCUAUGCUCCUCUUUCAGGAGUCGGGGGUAUUGUGUAUGAUAAAGAUGCUGUUUACAUUGACCUUGGUGGAAGCCAUGCUCAUGAGAAGGAAGAG